AUGAAGCUGAGCCCGCCGUUGGAAGAAGAAGAGGGCUUUGCAACGAGAGUUGUUGAUGACGCAGUCAGGAACUAUCAGUGGCGGCGCGCUGCUGCUGUUGCCCCUGCUGCACCUGUUACGCAAGUGGUCGAGUUGGACGAGAAGGAGUAUAAUACCCUGGCAAAGGUUCUGGGGAAUGAUACACCAGGUGGUUUCCCACUUGAGGGCGAUCAAAUGGAUGUAGAGAUUACGGAUGACGAGGACGAGGCUACACCCGGUGACGAUGGGGAUAGCGCUGUUGGCGGUAUUGGCGCUGCGGAACGGUUCGUGUUGUAA